GUCACACGGUCCAGUUCGGGCAAGCCACUCCACGCUCCAGGCUCCACUCCCGCCCGCACGACAGCAGCAGCAGCAGGAGCGGCGGCCUACUCACCGGCGCGGCGCGGCGCGGACGCCGGACGGAAAAUCGACCAUCGCCCCCGGCGCGGUCUCUCUGGACUGAUGGCAGAAGAGAAGAAACCACACUCCCAGCCACCGCCGUCGUGGUCAGGCCUCCCGCUGGACCUAGCAGGCUUGGUGCUCAGCCUGCUCCCCGUGUACGCCGACCGCGCCUGCUUUGCCGCGGUGUGCCCGCAGUGGCGUGCCGCCGCGAGGCAGCUCCAGCCGCCACCGCUGCCGCUGCUGGCACUCCCUGACGGCACCUUCUACAGCCUCAUGUACGACAAGCCCUUCCGCUUCCCUGGUUGUGGCUUCGCUGGGUACGAGAAUGUCUGUGGCAGCUGGCUCGUCUUCUCACGCGAUGACGGAUGCUUCAUGGUCAACCCCUUCUCCCGGGCCACCGUGAGGCUCCCUGCUCUCUCAAGUGUACGACUCCGGCCUCCAAAUGCGUCUGCUAAAUCUAAAUGGGCAGAGGGCGGAAGUGUAGAAUCUGCUAACCUCUACAUCACAUGGAUGCGUAUCAAUAAAGCAGACAACCUGCGCAUAAGUAAGCUAAUCUUGUGCUCGCCAAAUCUCGUUGCUGCACUAGUUGGCAUUGGAUCCUUCAGCCAGAUUCUAAUGUGCCAGCCAGGGGCCUUGUCAUGGUCAGUACGUGCGUAUGAUCGGAUCGAGGAUUUCCAAGACAUGUCAUUCUACCAGGGCAAGCUGUACGCCAUUGCCAAGGACGAGAACCUCCUUGUGGUGAACAUCAGCCAGGACCAGAGCACCGGCGAUCCACAGGUUUGUCGGAUUGGACGAGUCAUCGAGGGUGAUUGUCCUACAUGGUAUGAUGGUGUAUUCGAGGACAACAGUUCGGCCUGCAAGAAGCUCUACCUGGUUGAAUCGCGUGGGAUGUUGCUGAUGGUACGCAGGACGAUUUGGUGUCAGUUUCCUGAACCUGGAGGGGACGGUAGAAUUAUGGGUGGACAGAAUGAGUUCGAGGUUUUCGAGGCUGACUUUGAGCAUUCACGGUGGGUCAAGGUGUCGACCGUGGGGGAUGACCAAGUGCUGUUUCUGGGGCGAAGGUGCUCGAGGUCCAUGUCCGUGUCGCAGUACGGGUUGCCGGGCGAUCGCAUCUUCUUCUUGGAUGAUGAUGAGGAUAAUCGCCUAGACUAUGCCUAUGAUGAGGAGAACGCUUCUUUCGGCGUCUAUUCCAUGAGAUUCCGCAGCAUCGGUUCCGGUGAUCCAAACAUUUCCUGGAAGCGGUGCGCUGAGAUGUAUCUGGCAGCAUGGCUCUUCCCUCAGGACCGUUGAGAGGUUGUUAUACUGUUAGCCGGCCCGUUAUCGCUAUGCAAGCUGCUCCCUGCGGGUUAUCUGACCAUGCUAUGGAUGUUGUUGUUCGUGGUUUGGUUGUCUUACCAUGCUAUAGAUGUUGUCGUUCUGUGGUUAUCCUGCAAGCCGGGAAUGCUUUGGUAUAAAUUAUGUGAACUUGGUUACUCUGUGUAAGUGGAGUGCAUCAGUACCUGUAUGAACUUAUUGUGGUCGUCACUACUACUACUAUGGAAGCUAGCUGUUAUCUGCACAAAGAGGUUUGCUGCUACUGUGGAUGAAUGAGUGAUCUUAAAAUCGUGUUGCUGCUUAUCUCUGGCAUGGUGGUCUCUUUCUUGGUCUUUAUUGUCACCCUGUAGCUAGCAAGUUAGUUGCUCAUCUUCAUUCUUCAACGUCAGGUAGUUUCAUGCUCAAGUUGCCAACUUGCGAUGAACCUCCCUCUUUGGUCCCAUGGAGGGGAUUGCUACAGCCAAGUGCCAUACAGAUACAAGACAUGCCGCCGAAUGUGUUCAAGGCCUUGCUGAAUUUCGUCUACACCGACUCGAUGCCCAAGAUGGGAGGUGGAAGGGGAAGCAGGGGAAGUCGGCGCUGAGGUUACGUGGCUGCGACACUUGCUUGCCGCGGCGGAUAGGCUUGAUACUGUGACUCUUGUUCCUGGAAUGUCUCACUAUAUUGGUACCGUGUGUAAAUCUCAUGUUCAUUGAUCAUGCAAUCCCCGGCCAGGGAAAAUGCAGAA